AUGGGUCUGAAAUUCCACGGUGUCGUUGAAUCGCGUGGUGAGUUGUACGGUUGUCGUUCCUGUCUCACCUACAUCACUUCUGCCGAAGAGCUGACGAGUUCCGCGUUUACAGGCAGUACUGGCCCGGCAAUCCUCUUCAAACGUGCCUGGAACGUAACACACGGAGAUUUAAAGGAACGAGGAAUGACCACUGGAAUGCACAUUGUUAGAGACGUUCAUUGUAGCUCGUGCAAGAUGAAACUCGGUUGGAUGUACGAAAUGGCGCUGGUCAACUCUCAAAUCUACAAAGAGGGACAAGUGAUAUUGGAGAACGCGCUUGUAUGUAGAAUCUCGCUUGAUAUGAAAGAUCCCGCCGGCGAAGAAACCGGAGUGCCCGUGCCACCGAAUAUCGAGACGUCACGUCAUCGGAAGUCUUCUGCGAAAAAAACCCGAUCGAAUUCUGAAUCCGGAUCGUCUUCAUCGUCGUCCUCAUCGGAUUUCUACGGAAAACAUUAA